AUUCUGUAGGUCCAGCCCAUUUCUCCCACCGUCUGAAGCUGGAAGUUCAUGAGACAGCAGGAGAAGGAGUGGCUGUGGGCGCCGCAUCUCUACCCCACUGCAGUUUUCAGUGGACUAAUUACUUUUCAAUGGCACUGAAUCACCGUUGAUCACUCUGAAGCUUUAUAGUUGUUGCGGGCUGCCAGUCUUCAACCAGGAGUGAACACAGCAAGAGAAAUCGCACCAUCGGGCCGCGGGGUAUUGGCUGAAAUCAGAAAACAUGGGCACCGUUCUCUCUUUAUCUCCCGGAUCUGGGAAGGGAGGAAUCGCGGAGGAGAAAUCGGACUCAAUGGGGGGUUAUUCGGCAAUCCCAAACAGUAAAAACGGCAAAACGGAGAAGAGUCUAAAGAGACAUUCCGUGAUCAUUUCGGCACUCACCUGGAAGAGACUAGUGGCUGCGUCAGCUAAGAAGAAAAACGCUAAAAAGAUCAACCCCAACCCCCCUGCGUCGCAGGCCAACAACAACCCUGUGGAGCAUCUGAAUAACGAGAAUUUGAAAAAGUCUCAACAGCAACCCGGUUCGGAUCGAAAAGUGUCUCACCGGGAACAGAAAUCCGUUCCACUAGCUGUUCCAGUGCCCACCGUUCCUAACCAAAGCCUCCAUCCGAACCAGACCCAGAACAUUACGCAAAAUGGCAAGCAGCUCAUCUCCGUGCCGAAACAGGCAAGCAACCGGUCUCUGUGCUCCCCGAGACGAGUGAUCGUGCAGGCAUCCACCGGGGAGCUGCUGCGCUGCCUGGGAGAGUUCAUGUGCAGAAGAUGCUUCAGGCUGAAGGAACUGAGCCCCAACGAGAUCAUCCUGUGGUUCAGAAACGUGGACCGUUCGCUGCUCCUCCAAGGAUGGCAGGACCAGGGCUUCAUUACACCUGCUAACCUGGUAUUCGUUUACCUGCUGUGCAGAGAGGCUGUAAGCGACGAAAUCAACAGCGAAUACGAACUUCAAGCGGUCUUCCUCACCUGUCUGUACCUGGCCUAUUCCUAUAUGGGGAACGAAAUUUCGUAUCCCCUGAAACCAUUUCUAGUGGAGACCAACAAGGAGGUCUUCUGGGAAAGGUGCCUGCGGAUCAUUGAUAAAAUGAGUGCCAAAAUGCUACAGAUUAAUUCCGAUCCACACUUCUUUACUCAGGUAUUCCAGGACCUGAAAACCGAAGGAGAAAGCAGAGAAUCAAAUGGACACUGGACUAUCAAUCUUGACCGUUAAGAAGGCGUUCUGAAAUGAUGGACAUCUAGGAUCAAUAUAUCCGCAGCAGCACCCUGAAUAAAUGGGGCUAAUUUAGGGGCUUGGGGAAAAAGUGGAAUGGAAAGGUGGUGUGCACUAGAGCCUUUGGAUCAAAAUAGAUUGAGGUAUCCCUUUUUCUGAUAAGAGGCGUUUCUUUGUUGUAUAUCACUGUAAAUUAAAUACCCGUAAUGAUACUGUGAAUCACAGUACGUUGGGAGCUUUUUCGGGGAAUGGGGUGUAAAAGAAAUGCAUGCCUACUGUUUAUCCUAAAUGUUCUUUCAACGUGGCUUUAAAAUGGGUGAUAUUAAAGAGCUGCAGUCAAGCAAUCAAAUUGUUAGCUAGUCUCUUGAUGUUUAGGUUAUAUAUUUGUAUAUUUAUUUCAUUUUUUUGGGGAAAAGGGACUACAGAAAGCAGUGUUACUGUUUUGGAGUCGACGUGGAGCUGUCCAAGGUGCUGGCCUUUCUCGGAUUUAUAUUGCACAUUAUUAAUAUUAAACCUCAUACUGUCUAUUUGAAUGUACAAUUUCACAAGAAAAUGUUACUAUACCGUCAAAAUGUGCCAAUAUUGUUGAAAUGUAUAAAACGUAUUGUUUUAUAUUGUAUAUUUAAACAAAACAUUAUAAAUUAACGAUAUCCAGUUAAA